AUGUCAGCGCCCUCGACAACCUUCCCGAAUGUACAAAAAAUCCGCGAUGUUGUUCGAAAUGAACUUGCCACCCUUUUGUUGUCGUUCAAAGGAAAGAAAGAUUUGGUGUUGGAAUCCGACCUAAUGAAACCACUGGAUCGUAUUGCAGGGGCUUCACUCCUAAAGCAACAUGGUGUUGACAAGAUUUUUAAAUUGGAUCCAUCACAGAAAUCUAUACAGGGUUGUGAUCAACGUAUUUACUUGGUGAGACCUAGGAUGCGAACAAUGAAGGUGAUUGCUGAUCACAUCAGUGGAGAAAAAAACUAUGGGACAUCAAGAAAGUACAAAAUAAUUAUGGUUCCCAGGAAGCUACAUGUUUGUGAGAUGAUCCUGGAACAUGAAGGCGUGUUCGGAGAUGUGACCUUGGAUGAACUUCCACUUGACCUUAUCCCACUUGACAGGGACAUUCUGUCACUGGAACUCUCAGAAUUCUUCAAAACGUUUUAUUUGGAGAAUGAUCAUUUGUGGCUACAUACUGUUUCCAAGUCAUUGAUAGGACUCCAGGCUCUCAUUGGGAUGAUACCAAAUGUCUAUUGCAUAGGUCGGGGGUCAAAGAUGGUGUACGAACUCAUGAAUUCCAUACUUGGAGAAAAACUUGCAGGGACUGAUUAUAGUCGCAAUGAAAUAGGCAACCUGAUUCUCAUAGACAGAGAUGUAGAUUACGUGACGCCUCUCUGCUCUCAGCUGACCUACGAGGGUUUACUGGAUGAAGCAUUUGGCAUUAAUAGUGGGUAUGUGGAGUUUGGAUCAGACGUAACAGGUAAAGAGCAGCCUGUCAAACUGAUGCUGAGCAGUGAGGAUGAGAUAUUUGAAGAAGUUAGAAACCGACAUUUUUCCAAUGUAUUUUCCUUUCUUAGUAACAAGGCUAAGUCAUUACAGACAGAUUUUGAUAAAAGACAUACACUGAAAUCAGUGGGUGACAUGAAGAACUAUGUGGCUAACGAGUUAAAAAAUCUGAAAAAUCAGAAGGCAGUCUUAGCACAUCAUAUUGGGGCAUGUGAAGUUAUUCUAGGUAAGAAAACAAGAGGAGACUUUCAGGAGAUUCUACAAGCUGAACAUGCCAUGUUGGAGGGUUCUGGUUUAAAAGAAAACAUCAGCUACAUAGAGGAACUGAUAAACAAACAGCAUAACAUUACUCAGACCUUGAGACUGCUGUGUUUAUUGUCCAUGACCCAAGAUGGCAUCACCAGCAAGGAGUUCAAGUCACUGAAAACUCAGUUUUUACAUAGUUAUGGGUAUGAACACAUGCUAACCUGCCAUAAUCUAAAGCGUCUAGGGAUACUCACUGAUCAAGAAGCUCAGGCCAUGCCACUCACUGCAGGAGUACAGGCAGCCAUGGGCAAGAGGGGUUCCUACCGCAGCCUCUGUAAACGUUUAGCAUUGAUACCAAAAACUGAUGAAAUCAACUUGAAAAGUCCAACUGAUAUGUCAUAUGUUUUCAGUGGAGCCUACACACCUAUCUCAUGUAAACUGGUUGAACAGGUUUUGUCAAAAGAAGGUUUUACCGGCAUGGAGGAAAUUCUGAAGAACUUACCAGGUGGCACGUUUUCUGAUGUCAAAAUUAAACAAAAAGGUAAAGGUAGCAGCACUAAUGCUACGUCUCCAUCACAGCGUGUUGUCCUUGUCUAUUUCCUUGGAGGAUGUACAUACUCAGAGAUAACUGCCCUCCGCUUCCUCGGCAGACUUAAAGGAUACCGAUUCCUUGUGGCCACGACAGCAAUGAUUAACGGUAAUACAUGGCUGAACUCUCUAGUAGAGAAGUGAACAAAACACCAUCUGUCAACUUUAAUCCCGCGACGGAGACUGAUGUAGCAGAUUGAGUCGGUACAAGGUCACUAGGCCACGUGACCUGGGCACGAGCCGUGAGGGCAAACAAUGACUGUCAGAUAUAAACGUUGUUUACUACACACAAGGGAGUUAAGUCUGUCAUGUCUACACCUAGGGAUCGUUGUAGAUGAAAGUUUUAAUGUCACGGAUAUACAUGUACGUUUCAGGAAGACGAAAAUGAAAUAAUAAAAGGGCAGAUAGCUCGGCUUUUCCAUGCUUUACAAUAAAAUUAAAAAGACGACAGUUGCGGCAGCUGAUCCAACAAAAUCCAGUUCCAGGGGUUAUAACGAUACUCAUCAGAGUUGCAAUAUGUAUGAUUAUAGAUAUUAACCUAACACACAGCUAUAAACUAAAGGUAAUUUUCCAACAAGAUAAUCGGGCUUUUUUUAUAUUCGUCUCCGAAUUUGAAAUACAAAUGUAUUUUAUCAAACCUAUAAUCACAAUGCAUGAGAGACAUCAGGGAAAAUCUCUGAUUAUUGAGGAACGUAUGAAUUUGCUGUAGGGAUAGAGAGAUAUAUUAGAAUUUAUGAUCGAGGUAAGGAGAUAAUCAAAUCUGUGAAUUUAUGAUAGGGAAGGAUCUGAGCGAAAUAUGUGAAUUUAUGAUAGGGAAGGAUCUGAGCGAAAUAUGCGAAUUUAUGGUAGGAACGGAUCUGAGCGAGAUAUGUAAAUUAAGGAUAGAGAAAGAGGGCAAUCUGUGAAGUUACGAUAGCGCGUGAGAGAAAUCUGAAUUUAGAUAGGGAAAGAGCGAAAUCUACGAAUUUACGACAGGGAAAGAUGGAGAGGUAUGAUAUCACCAUAGCAUGGGUGCUAUUUAAGCUAUUGUGUUAAAGAUGAUGCAAGAAAUACAAAAAAAAAAUGUUAGAAUUACUGAUAGAAAGACAAAAACCUCUUAAGGGUGCUAGAUUUAAGUUUGACCGAUUACAUUCACUUAAAAGCUGGUUGGAAGGAAUCCUGGUUAACUUAAUGGCAAGAAAUGACAAUUUUAUCAAGGCUUCUAAAAAUGAAAUAAAACGUUUUAAUGAAAAGAAGUUGUGCAUGACAAAAUACUGUACACUCCACGAACAGAAGCACUAAAUGAUUUUCUACUAUUUAGGCUGUUAUGAAAAAUAAUGACGCAUCCCGUUACUCAUUCUCAGCGUACGUGUCGUUUGGAUUUUUCCAUAAUCCGUGAUUACAUAACACAGGCCAUGCAUGGGCGACAUUGACUAAAUAUAUCUGGAUUGUGUUUCGACAGGAGGCGGGGACAAUUAUGUGUGCGUCCUCCUUUUUUCUCCUUUGAACAAACUGCUGAAUCGAAAGAAAAAAAUACCAAUUAAAUAUCCUGUAAAUUUUGUGUGUGACCAUUGUUUCCAAAAUUAAAUGAACUGAAUUUUCCUCGAAAUGAAAACUGGUUUAAAUGUUCACUAAUGAUCACUUUUUGUUUAAAAGUUGCUAGAAUUGAAUUCUGUUCGUUUGACUUAAUUGAUAGUACUAAGAUUGUAAGUUUUCACAUCGUUCUUUUUUCUAAGGAACAAAACUGUUGUUAUACAUUUUACAUCUGCAAGGUAAUAUAUUUUCGUAUGACUCCAUCAGUUUCACAGACACUUAAUUUCGUUGAUAAAUAGAACUUUAUUGAUCUGCUGAUAACAAUUUAAACUCUUGAUGAAAUCAGAAUAUUAAUUCGUUGGUUAAGAAUAAUCGCGAAAUGAACGAAAAUAAAAACCCUUCGAAAGUUAAGGAGUUUACAGUGCCACACAUUGCUACAAAUAUGUUUAUAAAUCGUUAAAACUACAUUUGUUUUGUAUCUCCUCUGAUCAUUACAAAAUUGGUGGGGCAAUGUGCUAGGUGG